UCGAAUCGUCCCAAUUGCUUUGUAAAGUCAAAAUGCAUUCUCUAAAUAGUAUGUGCGUUUCGUCAUUGCAGACAAACUGACGAAUUUUAAGAUCUUGAUAGAUGAAAAUCUCUGCCAUCAUGAAACUGGAACAGUACAGUUUAGUCGAGCACAAGAAAUUAAAUGUGACUCGCCGGGUCCUGUUGUCGGAAGACGCCUGAAGAUCCAACGAAUGGAACCAUCGUCUGCUCUUACAUUGUGCGAAGUGAGCGUACAGGCUUUCCAAUAUAGAGCAUGCCAAACCAAGCGCUAUGGCCCCAACUGCAACAACCGAUGCCAAUGUGCCAAUGAUGACACGUGUGAUGACAAGACAGGACAGUGCCCAUCUGGGUGUAAAGAUUUUUUCACAGGCCCUUACUGUAACAUAGCAAUUACCUGCGACCCACCGUCACGACUGUUAAAUGGAAAAGUUUCUACCACCUUUCUAGCAACCGUUGGUUGGUUCGUGAGUUACAAGUGCGACAAAGGCUUCGUUCUCGAAGGGAAAGAGAAUUCAACCUGUGUCGAGAACGUUUACGGUCCUGGUAAUGUGGCAGACUCAACUCCCGUCUGUAGAGCAAUAACCUGCGACCCACCGUCCUUAACAAAUGGACAAGUGUCUGUCCCAAAGCCUGCACUUCUAGGUUCAGCCGUUAGCUACCAGUGUAACACAGGUUACGUUCUAGAAGGGAAAGAGAGUUCCACCUGUGUCGAGGUUGGGACUGGUAAUGUUAAAGGGAGCUGGGCUGACCCGACACCCGUGUGCACAGCAAUAACCUGCGACCCACCGUCCCUAACAAAUGGACGAGUGUCUGGCCCGAAGCCUGCACUUCUAGGUUCAGCCGUUAGCUACCAGUGUGACACAGGUUACGUUCUAGAAGGGAUAGGGAGUUCUACCUGUGUCGAGGUUGGUCCUGGUAAUGUUAAAGGGAGCUGGGCUGACCCGACACCUGUGUGCACAGCAAUAACCUGCGACCAACCGUCCCUUACAAAUGGACGAGUGUCUGGCCCGAAGCCUGCACUUCUAGGUUCAGCCGUUAGCUACCAGUGUGACACAGGUUACGUUCUGGAAGGGAAAGGGAGUUCCACCUGUGUCGAGGAUGGGACUGGUAAUGUUAAAGGGAGCUGGGCUGACCCGAAACCCGCGUGCACAGCAAUAAUCUGCGACCCACCGUCCCUAACAAAAGGACAAGUUUCUGUCCCGAGGCCUGCACUUCUAGGUUCAGCAGUUAGCUACCAGUGUGACACAGGUUACGUUCUAGAAGGGAAAGGGCGUUCCACUUGUGUCGAGGAUCAACCUGAUAAUGUUAAAGGGAGCUGGGCUGACCCGACACCCGUAUGCACAGCAAUAACCUGCGACCCACCGUCCCUAACAAAUGGACAAGUGUCUGUCCCGAAGCCUGCCCAUCUAGGUUCAGCCGUUAGCUACCAGUGUGACACAGGUUACGUUCUAGAAGGGAAAGGGAGUUCUACCUGUGUCGAGGUUGGGACUGGUAAUGUUAAAGGGAGCUGGGCUGACCCAGCACCCGUGUGCACAGCAAUAUGCUCUGUGAACCACCGUCUCUAA